AUGGCGAGUCUUACACGCAUGCUAUACAGAUUAUGGAUCACUUUGUUUCUUUGCCUCUCUGCUGCCGGCGAAUCAUCAGUCUCGACCCAAUGGCCGGUCCAGGACGAUGGGCUGAACAAAGUAGUUCAAUGGGACCACUACAGCUUCCAAGUCAAUAGCCAACGCAUCUUCGUUUUCUCGGGAGAAUUCCAUUACUGGCGCAUCCCGGUCCCAGACUUGUGGCGCGACAUUCUCGAGAAGAUUAAAGCAGCAGGCUUCACAGCUUUCGCAUUCUAUUCCAGCUGGGCCUAUCACGCACCGAACAACCACACGCUUGACUUCGAAACCGGCGCACACAACAUCGUCCCUCUUUUCGAGCUUGCCAAAGAGCUAGGACUAUACAUCAUCGUACGCCCCGGUCCAUAUGUCAACGCCGAAGCCAACGCCGGUGGGUUCCCACUUUGGCUCACGACAGGUGAAUACGGAACUCUGCGCAAUAAUGAUACGCGAUAUACAAAGGCGUGGACGCCGUACUUCACCAAAAUGUCCGAAAUUACCAGUAAAUAUCAGGUGACUGAUGGCGAGAAUUCCAUCGUCUAUCAGAUUGAAAAUGAGUAUGGAAACCAGUGGGAGGGCAGUGCAACGGACAAGAUUGCCAAUGAAACCGCCAUCCACUACAUGGAGCUUCUGGAGGCGAAUGCGCGGGCCAAUGGAAUUGUCAUUCCGCUCACAUCGAACGAUCCGAACAUGAAUUCGCAUUCUUGGGGAAGCGAUUGGUCGGAUGAAGGUGGGAAUGUCGAUGUCGCUGGUGUUGAUUCUUAUCCGUCGUGCUGGACCUGCGACCUCAGCCAAUGUACCGCCACAAACGGCGAAUACAUCGCAUUCUCGGUAAUGGACUAUUACGAUUACUUCCAGGAAUCACAACCCUCGAUGCCAGGCUUCAUGCCCGAGUUCCAGGGCGGUUCUUAUAACCCCUGGGGUGGACCAGAAGGUGGUUGCGCCGAGAACUCGGACGCAGACUUUGCCAAUUUGUUCUACCGCUGGAAUAUUGGACAGCGAGUCACAGCCAUGAGUUUGUACAUGUUGUUUGGAGGAACGAACUGGGGAUCCAUCGCUGCGCCGGUGACUGCGGCUAGUUAUGAUUACUCGGCACCUAUUUCGGAGGAUCGAUCGAUCGGGUCCAAGUACUACGAAACAAAGCUCCUAGCGCUCUUCACGCGUAGCGCGAAGGAUCUUACCAUGACUGAUCUUAUUGGAAAUGGUACGCAGUAUACGGACAAUGGCGCUGUGCGAGCUUAUGAAUUGCGGAAUCCGGAGACAAAUGCUGGUUUCUAUGCGACAUUCCAUCUCAACACCUCGAUUUCCACCAAUGAGGCAUUCCAUCUGAAGGUUAACACCUCUGUCGGAGCUCUGAAUAUCCCGAGACACGGUGGAAAGCUCAGACUUAAUGGCCACCAGUCUAAGAUCAUCGUCACUGAUUUUAGCUUUGGUUCUAAUAAGCUCAUUUACUCGACUGCAGAAGUACUGACCUACGCUAUCCUCGAUAAGACUCCGACCUUGGCUCUUUGGGUUCCUACCGGCGAGUCUGGAGAAUUCCAUAUCAAGGGCGCAAAGAAGGGUACGGUUAAGCAGUGCGAUGGAUGCUCGGGAGUCAAGUUCUGGAAGGAGAACGGUGGUCUUACAGUCUCCUUUACGCAGUCUUAUGGAAUGACCGUUCUGGAGCUUGAUAAUGAUGUGCGAGUUGUUCUGGUUGACCGAACAGCGGCAUACAAGUUCUGGGCACCUGCUCUAACGAAUGAUCCUUUGGUCCCAGAGUCAGAGAGCGUCCUUAUUGAAGGGCCUUACCUUGUCCGUGGUGCUAGUCUCUCUGGAAAGAAGCUUGCUGUGACUGGCGAUGUUGUCAACGCUACCUCACUGGAAGUCUUCGCGCCAAAGGCUGUUACCUCUAUCACCUGGAACGGAAAGGCAGUGAAGACUCACCGUACGGAGUAUGGAAGUCUCAAGGGUCAGCUCUCUGCACCGAACUCGGUCACUCUGCCGCAGUUUGGAACAUGGAAGUCGAAGGAUAGUCUGCCGGAGCGAUCCACAGAGUAUGAUGACUCUGGAGCCGCUUGGGUUGGUAUGUUUAUUUGCCUUCCCUUAUUCAACUUUCUCUUACUAAGGCUUCAUUUUAUAGAUGCGGAUCAUAUGACAACUUUGAAUCCUAGAACUCCCACGACACUGCCUGUGUUAUACGCUGAUGAAUACGGUAAGAAAAGUGCUUUGACUGUUACAAGCCCAGAAAUUUAUACUUAUUGUGGCUUAGGAUUUCACAAUGGUAUCCGUCUCUGGCGUGGAUACUUCAACGGCACUGCAACCGGGGCCUUCCUCAAUGUCCAAGGAGGAGCUGCUUUCGGCUGGUCUGCUUGGUUAAAUGGCAAAUUCCUGGACUCGUUCCUCGGCGAUGCCACCAUCGAACAAGCAAACCUCACACUUUCCUUUUCGAAAGCAACUCUUAGCACCGACAAGCCCAACGUCCUUCUCAUCGUUCAAGAUGACACCGGCCAUGAUGAAACGACUGGUGCAUUGAACCCUCGCGGUAUUCUCGAAUCUCGACUCAUCGGCUCUUCCUCCGGCUUCUCUCACUGGCGGAUAGCCGGCACAGCAGGCGGAGAGUCCAACAUCGACCCUGUCCGUGGUAGCUGGAACGAAGAUGGAUUAUACGCCGAGCGAGUCGGGUGGCACCUACCCGGGUUCGACGACUCGAACUGGAAAAAGGUAUCUGCUAAUAAGAGCAGCUCCACCUCCAUUCUAAGCGUCGAAGGUGCCACGAUCGGAUUUUUCCGAACGACCGUCCCACUCGACCUCCCUUCCAACAAAGAUAUUUCCAUCUCCUUUGUCCUAUCUACCCCAUCCACCUCCAGCAAGGCCUAUCGCGUCCAGCUAUUCGUGAACGGAUACCAGUACGGCCGAUAUUAUCCCCACAUCGGCAACCAGGUGGUAUACCCUGUCCCACCGGGAAUUUUGAACUACAAGAGCAAGAAUACGAUUUCCGUUGCUGUUUGGGCUCAGACAGAGGAAGGUGCUAGUGUUGGUCUUGAUUGGAAGGUAAACUAUGUUGCUGAUAGCUCGUUGGAUACAAGGAAUGUUGGUGGGAACGAUUUGAGACCUGAGUGGACAAAGUCGAGGAAUCAGUAUGCCUGA